GAAGAAGACACUUUUAUGACGUAAUCAACGUGCGCCGACUAAUAUGGCUAAUUAGCUAGUGCAUGACGGCUUAGAAGAGUGCAGUAUGUUGGUAACCAAAACGCACACGCAACAAAAUACGUUAAAAGUUUUGUUUAUUCAAAUGUGUAGACUAUAAUAAUGAAACCACAAGAGUCUACAGGAAGAGAGAAGAACAUUUUGAGGUGUUAGAAAGUGGACUACUUCGGGUCAAUCCAGACUAUGCUUCGUUUGGUUUAGCUAGUGUGCGACUGUCCACUUGUUUGGUAACGUGUAUUGUUUGUUACAACAAACAUAAGAAUACGUUUAUACGCCUACAAAGAAGACGACGGUCGAAGUGCGUGCAUAUGUUUUGCAAAUUUGAACAAUAACCUCGGUCACAAUAACCAUGUGAAGUGGUCACACUGCUCUGUCCUAGCAACGUUAGCUUACGUCAAUGGGGACUAUAACAGUCCUCUCUGCUGUUUUUUUGACUACGUUAGAUGGCCCAGUUCCCCUCCAUGUUGUGCUUAGUCUUCUGCUUUAGCCAUUUGACACCGACGCUAUGGCAGAUGAGGAGGAAUUAGUGCCGAGCCUUCUGGCAGGGGAGCUUAGCAAUGGCGAUGCUGUGCCUCCAGUGUGCGGGCUGUCGAUCCUGUUCUGUCUGCUACUCGCUUGUUCCUACGUUGGGAGUUUGUACGUGUGGAGGAGUGACCUGCCAAGGGAUCACCCCGCUGUAAUAAAACGACGCUUCACCAGCGUGUUAAUCAUAUCCGGUGUGUCGCCUCUCUUUGUGUGGAUAUGGAAGGAAUUGUCAGGCGUCCGGAUGUUGUCUCCACUGCUGGCGGUCAUGGGGAUACGCUUUGAAGGCCUCAUCCCUGCCAUUGUCCUGCCUCUGGUGCUCACCAUGAUCCUGUUUCUGGGCCCCCUGACACAGUUGAGAAUGGAUUGUCCCUGGACCUUUAUGGAAGGUAUCCGGUUAGCAUUUGACCCGUGGUUCUGGACGUUGUGUUUCAACGACAUGCGCUGGUUGAGGAACCAGGUGGUGGCGCCAUUGACGGAAGAGCUGGUAUUCCGAGCCUGUAUGCUGCCCAUGUUGGUGCCCUGCGCCGGCCCCGCCACCGCCAUCUUCACCUGCCCACUCUUUUUUGGCAUGGCUCACUUCCAUCACGUGAUUGAGUCGCUGCGCUUCAGACGGGGGUCGUUGUCAGGGAUCUUCCUCUCGGCUGCGUUCCAGUUCUCCUACGCGGCCAUGUUUGGCGCCUACGCAGCCUUCAUUUUUGUGAGAACAGGUCACCUGGUGGGCCCAGUGCUCUGCCACUCCUUCUGUAACUACAUGGGUUUCCCGGCCAUCAGUUCGGCCCUGGAUCACCCGCACCGCCUCACUGUCCUCUUCUGUUACCUGCUGGGGGUCAUCCUCUUCCUCCUUCUCCUCUUCCCUCUCACCGACCCCUCCUACUACGGCAUACCCACACCGGUGUGCGCCCUGGCUGUUUCUUCCAGCACCCUGUGCGUCCCCUGAUCCCCGGCCCCCCACAUUUUACCUCCUCUCCUUUCUUUGCGUCUUUCAUUUUCUGCCGACGAGCGCUCGCAGUCGUUGACGUAUUGAGAGCUCGGGUCAGUUUUGGGCCCGUGGUGCUUGAUCAUGGUCAUCAGGGUGUCAGGUGGUCUACUGAUGAGUGUAGUGCUUGGAGGCUCAUGUUGCUUGGAGGACAUAUUUAUUCCCGGAGCAGUUAUUUCAUCCUGAUUUUGGUGCAGUGUUUGCUACAGUUGUCAACUUGGACCAUUCCAGUACAAUUCAAAUCAUUAGUGAGUCGUUUUUGAAUCCUUUUCAAUCAAUUCUUUGAUGCUGUUAUACUUUACCGAUUAGACAUAGUACAUCUUUAUAUACAGGCUGCUAAAUCGUUUACUUGCACAAUAAAAUAGGCAGCAGCAAGAACUUUAAAAAUGCAAAAAACACUCUAUAAGCUAAACUGGAACUGUGAAGAAAAAUGUUGACUGCUUCAGCAAUAUCGAUUUAUUUUUUAAAAAGUGAGUGACGUGUCCUUGGGGGUUAAUGUUUCUACACACUAGAGGGCGCCAGAGAGCCGUGUUACUUCUACUGUUUGGAGUUGCCAUUUUUUUACUCAGAGCAGUAGUGCACUGCAAUCUCAACCCAAAUAAUAUGCCUAAACGUGAACUGAAUCAAGGCAGUUUUGAUCCACACAGUAUGUUUUUUUUUUCAAAUAAACUCAUUAAAAUAAUGGACGAUGCGGCAGCAGGUGUAUUACUGCAAUAAGCGUAUUAGGGCAGUAAAAUGGUGAGACCAUUGAUGAACUAGAAGUGCUUGUGGUAUCACUGAUUUAUUGCUCCCCACAGGAGUGCUCAACUACACUAGUUUUUUUUUAUAUAUAUAUGUAUACCUACACUAAUUAAAAGUUAGGCAUAUUUGGCUUUUGGGUGUACUGUAACCUUCACAGGUGAACGUAAAUUCACCUUUUCUAAAUGUUUCAAUGUUAAAUUGUUGAACGUUUGCUCUUUCACUGAGCUGAAUUGCAAAUUCUCCUCCCUGAAUUGAUGCUAUUCUGAGAUUAGCGACUAUUUACCUCUGAAGAAUCAUUGACAUUCAAAAUUAGCAGAUCAAAUACACAUUUCAUUCACUGUGUGUGUGUGUGUGUUUAUAUAUUAAGAUUUACACCACUGUACUAAUCGAUACGUUUUAACAACAGCAAGGCUCAGCCACUCCCACAACAACAAGGAAGAUUUAUCUUACACUCUGAAGAGACAGUUCCUUUAGCCAAUUCAAUUACUCAAAGCUGCCUUAAGAGGCACCUGUCACUGCUAAUGCCCCAUCAUGCCCCCCCCCUGCCCUUCCAACCAAGCCAGCCCAAUGUUAUUUACACUGACCGUUAUUGAUUCCUACACUUUUUCCUCUUGGUCCUCACCUGCCAUUGAGUUGUAAUUUCCCCACUUUUUUUUUUUUGCAAACACUAUUUUACCACUGUAGAAGAAGAACGCUGUCGUCAAAACAAAACACACUCAGCCGACUACACCCCCCACCCCGCCUCCAGCUAAAUAAGCGGCAAGCAGUGCUGACAAGAGACUGCAGUCUAUUUUUGCACAGCUCUGUUGUUUUAAUACGCCACAUUUCAGGCAACGAGUCGGCUCCUCUUUUCCUAUCAGCAACUAUUUUUUCUAAUCACUAUCUAUUUUGGUGACCGCGUAGAGAUUUGUGCAUGGAUUUUAUGCUCACGAGUCACGGCUGUAAACUUUUCGUACGACAAUCUUUUACACGAUAAUGUGUUUUGUGAAUAAAUCAUGCAAUUUUAUACACCAUUUGUUGCCUUUUUUGCCAUUUUUUGAUAUCUUUAUAUUUGUCUAGCCAAACAACUUGUGAUUAAUAAUUUUUCAAUGUGACUAGUUGUAAUGUCACAUUGAAAAAUGUAAUUUUUGUAAGUUUACACCAGUGUUGUCUUUGCAACACAUAGCAUUAGUAACGAAUACUUUCAUGACGGACAGGUUGUCCUGCAGUGUGUGUACAAUAGCUCAAAAUCAAAGGCGCUAGAAAGUGUUGUUUUAUGUUCCGCUGGGCUUCCUCUGUAAUGAAACACCCCAGCUGUCCUCCCCCCAUGUUAUCUCCAGCGCCCCCCCAUCCUGCACACAUUUAUAUAUUUAUAUGCCUCUCUGGCAUGGCAUCAAACCCGUCUGCUGCUUCAGCAAAUAAACCAGGCAGCCUCGACUCGGGGGUAACUUGGUUUACCUACACUGGCUGCCAUCUUUCUUACUCGGGACAAAAACAAUCUUAACACCAAGUGUCUGUGUGAUAGAGCUGCCUGCGCCUCAUCCCGGUUGUAACUCUGCAGAUGUGAGAUUAGGAAUCAGUUAAACCUUGAAUGUGUCUUCUCAUAGGAAAGAUCCAACGUGAUUCAUGUUUAGGUACUGAUAGCGGCUGGGAGGGUUUAGAAUGGCCUACAAAAAAACAACACAUAAAUCAACAAUAAAGGUUGUGGACUGUUCAUACGUUUUUAAUGGGGUAACCUUACACAAUCAACAAGAACAAAUAUUUAUAUUUAACAAAUACAUGUACACUCCUGAUUUAAAUUUUAAGAGCAAUUAGAAAUGUCUUGACAACAA